GGGAAGGCGAUUGGUGCAAAGCCUGAGGGGAGGAUUAACCCUCCGAGGCCAGGCGCGCAUGGGCGUUGUUCCUCAAGCUUCGGGAGCCCGGCCCGGCUUCCAGUGCUGGUGUUACCGCCGCCUCUUUCUCCCGGACAACUCCUUCCUGAGCUGCUUCUGCCGUCUGAGGAGCGGGCCAGCCUUGGCACUCCAGGAGGAAGGCGCUCCCCUCAACAGCCGGACACAGAAACUAUGGCUGAGAAUGGAGAGCCAUGGGGAACCAGUGAGGCUGAACUGGACCCAGUGGAGUAUACUCUUCGAAAACGGCUUCCCCACCGUCUCCCUCGAAGACCAAAUGACAUCUAUGUUAACAUGAAGACUGACUUCAAGGCCCAGCUAGCUCGAUGUCAGAAGCUUUUGGAGGGUGGUGGAGGGAGUAGGGGACAGGGUGGCUGUCCUGAGAUUUAUAUUCAUGGCUUGGGUCUGGCUAUCAAUAGAGCCAUCAACAUUGCCCUGCAGUUACAAGCCAGCAGCUUUGGGGCCUUGCAAGUGGCUGCCAACACCUCCACUGUGGAGCUGGUAGAUGAGCUGGAGCCUGAGACUAAUAAUCAGGAGCCACUAACCCGAACCCGAAAUAACUCGGCCAUUCACAUUCGGGUCUUCCGUGUUACACCCAAGUAGUGGGACAGAGUUUGACUGCUUUCUCAGCUGGAUAGCAAUAUUUUCUUCUCUACAUUUAUGCUGGGCCAUGCUUCUCCUUUCCAUUUUUCAUACUCUGGGCUCUCGGGCAUCUUGGUUCCCUCCCCACCUUUCAGGCUCUUAGAGAGAAAUCCUGAUGUGGGUUUUCCAGUUUUCUGCCACCAAUCCUAGAGAAGACCUUUGGUUCAGAUUCCUGAAAUAAAAAAGACUGUGUGAGGGAGA